AUGGCCCUGCAGGAUGUGUGUAAGUGGCAGGCCCCCAACACCCAGGGACCAUCACCUCACCUGCCUCAGCCUGGGGCCUGGGCUGUGCCCCCAGGCUGCGAUCCUCAAACCUUCUUGCAGAUCCACGGCCCCAGGCUGGCCCAUGGCACCACCACCUUGGCCUUCCUCUUCCGGCAUGGAGUCAUCGCUGCUGCUGACACACGUUCCUCCUGCGGCAACUAUGUGGAGUGUCCAACCUCACGCAAGAUCAUCCCUGUGCACCAGCACCUCCUGGGCACCACCUCCGGCACCUCGGCCGACUGUGCCGUAUGGUACCGCGUGCUACGACGGGAGCUGCGGCUUCGGGCCCUGAGGGAGGGUCAGCUGCCCAGCGUGGCCGGUGCCGCCAAGCUCUUGUCGACCAUGAUGUCCUGCUACCGGGGCCUGGAUCUGUGUGUGGCCACGGCCCUGUGUGGCUGGGACCGCUCUGGCCCUGCCCUCUUCUAUGUCUACAGUGACGGCACCCGCCUGCAAGGGAACAUCUUCUCCGUGGGUUCUGGAUCUCCCUAUGCCUAUGGCGUGCUAGACCGCGGCUACCGCUAUGACAUGACCCCCCAGGAAGCCUAUGCCCUGGCUCGCUGUGCCGUGGCCCACGCCACCCACCGCGAUGCCUACUCCGGGGGUUCUGUAGACCUUUUCCACGUGCGGGAGAGUGGAUGGGAGUAUGUGUCACGCAACGAUGCCUGUGUGCUGUACUCGGAACUGCAGAAGCUCCCGGAGCCAGACAAGGAAGAGGAGGAGGCCAGCCGGGACCAUCCGGAGCCCGCCAGCCCGCACAGAGACUCUACGAUGCCCGCAGAGACUGAGAUUCUCUGAGAAGCGGCAGGACUUGGAGGGGGCC